GAUACUGUUGAAUGAAUGUUGAUCAGGUUAAUAUUUAUUUGGGUAUUUGGGAUGGUUGGCCUGGGAAAUAGUCGUCGAGGGGGGCGUUCUCCUCCAGUCCUAAUUGGUGCUUUAAUAGCCAGUCUAGUUGUUCUGGGUUUUAACUACUGGAUUUCUAACUCUCGAAACAUUGAACUUCAGACUCAGGUAUAUGAUCUGGAAGCAAAGGUGCGGCGAGCAGCGGCAGAGAGAGGUGCUGUUGAACUGAAGAAGAAUGAAUUCCACGGGCAGCUGGAGAAGCAGAAAGAGCAGAUCAAUAGAAUAGAGUCUCUGCAUGAACAGCAGCUGGAGAGUGCUCACAAAUCCUGGAAAGAUGACAAGGCAUUACUGCAACUCAACAUUUCUUUAAGUGCAGCUUCUCUUCAAAAAAUGAAAGAUGACUAUAAUAAUAUGCUGAAGGACUACGGGAAGUUACAGAAGGAGCUUCAGGAAUGUCAAAGAAACCAGAGCAGCCUUCAGAAAAAGUUGACAUAUGAUAUGACCCAGUGCAAUGCUCAGAUUACAGAACUGAAGGAACAAUAUGAAGAAAAUCUUUUGGCACUCUCAGAAGGGAUGCAGCAAAAGGCAGAUACUGCAGACAGUAAAACAAAGACUACAAUGGCAAAACUACCUGUUCCUACUGCAGAAAAAGGAAAAGUGGAAGUAGAUGAAAAUAAAGAACAGGCAUUAAGAACCAGCAAUCAAGGUCCCAGCCAGUCUGCUAAUGACCAAAAACAAGAAGUCGUCCAAAAAAUAGAAACAGCAACUCAAAAAGCAAAAAACACUGAACUUGAAACCAAUGAGAUUCCAGAAGACACAGGUGAAGCUCAGCCACUGGUGACACACAAAGCUCAAAUUGAGGAAGACCAGUCAAAGCUGAAAGGCUCUGAGACUCCAGCAGUGAAGGAUGUGGUGCUGCGGGAGGCUGAAGAAGAAAAGAAUGGAGGUGAACUGGAGGUGCCGACAAAGAGCGUGAUAAAGAAUGAGGCCCAAGACCCUGAGAGGGGCGUUGAGGUCAAAGUCACAGAAGACGAGGAGGAAGAAGAACUUGUUCACAAUGGAUUGGAGAUCUUUGAUGACUCACCGAACCGAGACCAUCCUGACGGUAACAAAAACAAUGAAGGUAACCUUAGACUUGAGCCGGAGAAGUACAGUGAAGGAGCCGAUUACAAUGGAGAUGAUGACAACGUGGGGGAAUUUGAGGCAGACAAACAGGCAGAACUUGCAGAGAACACAGCAGACACAGAUCAGAAAAACAUGGUGGAUUUAGACCAAGGGCAGUAUGAGGAUGAAGAGAUGGAGACUGAAGCAUAUCAGAUGCAUUAAAAAUAUUUAGUUGCAGUGUCCAUGCAAUUGGUUGUGAUUAGUUUUUAUAGAAACGUGGAUUUACCAGGGCGCUUUUACAGUAACAUUUUAAAGUGUAAACAAAAAAGUUGCAAAGGUUAAAACUAAAUGGAUUUUCUGAAACUCAUUCAGGGUUAUGACGGGAACUGGAGAUUUUGUUUAUUUAUUUUGCACUUUGUACACACCAAUAUGUAUGUACAUUUUUGUAAGCCAUGCUACAAAAAUAAUAUUGCCAUGAAUUGUUGGUCCCAAGGGAAGGCAUGAAGUGGUGAGAUCGGAUCAAAUGUCAAAUUCAGUAUCACUGCAGAAUGUAUAUUCCUCAUGAUUUUUUAGAGAUCUUCUGUAUACAUUAAGGGAUGUAUACAAAGUUUUAAAUUUUAAUUUAUGUACUUAGUUUGGAAUGCUUCACUAAUGUGAAUACAUUUAUUAAGCUUUCUACUUGUGACUUCUGUGUAAGAAUGUUUCAUUUUUCUACGUGUCUUAUACAUUACUGUUUCAGUUAUGGGUGAAUGCCUAAAUGUGACAUUGGAAUCAGUAGAUAAUGCUAUUAAUAUGAAGACUGUAAUAAUUGUUUUAAUCCUUAGUUUUUCAGAGUAUCAGACUCGUCAAACAUGUUAGCUCUGCAUAUAUCUAUAUUUAAUCGGUGUUGAAAAGGUUGGUUGUUUCAUUUGUCUUUGCCAUUUUUUUUUUUUUUUUUUUACAAAUAAAAUCUGCCAUUUGAAAAAACAUAUAGGC